ACUGAGCCCUUUUUCCACCUAAAACGUUUAGUUUCAGCUCAGUGAACACUUGCAACAGCGCAACAGGGAGCGGAAGAGUCGAAUUAUUUCAAUCUACAACUCACCAAAUGCCGCUGUAGGAAAAAAACUGGAAACUUUUUUGUUCUUUUUUUUUUUCUUACUUCAUUUCCCUUCCAACCCCACGAACCAACAUGGAAUUAGACCACAAGCAACAGUCGUACAGGGGCGGAAGUUCAGGGCAUGGCGGGGUCAACCAGCUGGGAGGGGUGUUUGUGAAUGGGCGCCCCCUGCCUGACGUAGUGCGGCAGCGCAUCGUGGAGCUGGCGCACCAGGGCGUGAGGCCCUGUGACAUCUCCCGCCAGCUACGCGUCAGUCACGGCUGCGUCAGCAAGAUCCUGGGCCGAUACUAUGAGACAGGCAGCAUAAGACCAGGAGUGAUCGGAGGAUCCAAACCAAAGGUUGCUACACCCAAAGUUGUUGACAAAAUCGCUGACUACAAGCGCCAAAACCCCACCAUGUUUGCCUGGGAGAUCAGAGACAGACUGCUGGCAGAGAGAGUGUGUGACAACGACAGCGUUCCCAGCGUCAGCUCCAUCAACAGGAUCAUUCGGACAAAAGUGCAGCAGCCCCCCCUCCAGCCAGGCUCCAGUCACAGUUUAGCUUCCACAGCAGCAGUCACUCAGGUGUCCGCGGUAACCAGUGACUCACCCGGCUCCUCCUACUCAAUAAGCGGCAUUCUGGGAAUCAGCUCCACUGCAGAUGUCAGCAAGCGCAAGAGGGAAGAAGCUCUGCAGGAGUCCCCGCUGGUGAACGGUCACUCCCACGUGGGGCGGGACUUCCUGAGGAAGCAGAUGCGAGGAGACCUGUUCACACCGCAGCAGUUAGAGGUACUGGACCGCAUGUUUGAGUGGCAGGCGCUCUCUGACCUCUUUCCCACCCCAGAACCCAGCAGGCCCCCGCAGACUGCAGACUACUCGGCGAUGGUGUCCCUCGCCGGGGGACUGGAGGAGAUGAAGAGCAGCCUGGUCACCCCGGGAGGGGCGGAGAUAGGAGGCAGCGUUUCUGGGCCUCAGUCAUACCAGCUGGUGUCAGGUCGGGAUCUCCCAGGAACCACCCUGCCUGGAUACCCCCCUCAUGUGCCCCCUACUGGCCAGGGCAGUUACUCCACCCCCACCUUGACCAGCAUGGUACCUGGAGGUGACUUUUCCAGCACCCCUUACUCCCACCCACAGUACUCCACAUAUAACGAGUCCUGGAGGUUCCCCAAUCCCGGCCUACUGGGCUCUCCGUACUACUACAGCACGGCCGCCAGGAGCGCCGGGCCGGCCAGCGCCACCACCGCUGCCUACGAACGCCACUGACGCACCGGAGAGAGAGAGACGCACCGGAGAGAGAGAGACGCAGAGAGAGAGAGAGAGAGAGAGAGAGAGAGAGAGAGAGAGAGACAGAGAGAGAGAGAGAGAGAGAGAGAGAGAGACACAGAGAGAGAGACAGAGAGAGACAGAGAGAGAGAGGGAGAGAAAGAGAAAGAGAGAGAGAGAGACAGAGACAGAGAGAGAGAGAGAGAGAGAGAGAGAGAGCGCUGCCAGCACCAUCAUACGGAGACAAGGCCACACCCCAGAAUGGAUUCGUAUUUCAUUUGUUCCCCACUAACCCGCUGUCGCGCCACUGCACUACACAGCCUACAGCAGAACGCCCAUUGGGUUCAGAAUCAGGAUUUAUAUACUUAGUCAUUCCUAUAUUUCUCAACAUGUAAACUCAAAGCUAGUCCUUAUUUGGACUGCAUUUGGGCUUGUGUUGUUUUAAAUGAUAAUUCAAAGUAUUAUUAUAUUUUAAUAUUUCACUUCAACUCCAUCUCCCAGAAUUAAUUCAUUUGGCCUUAGAAUGGAAACAUUUGAAAGGCAUUUUAUGGAAUUAGUAAAGUCAUCUAGGAAGCAGCAUUUCUCAUACUGUGUGAAAUGGAAUAGAAAGCUGUUUCACAUCUCAGAAUAGCAGAAUUAACCCCCCCAUUUUGAUGGUUUCCCUCAACAUGGAGGGUCCUGUGUGUCUGGCAGCUCUCUCCUUUCAGCUGCACUGGCCUGGGGAGGGAGACUCACAGCUGGGGUCCUGUGGUGGAGGUUUCUGUUUCAGUAAGCCAUUGCUACAGGAAUCAAGGUGAAAAGUAAUUGAUAUAAUGAUGCUAUAUAUACAGCGUACCAUCACUCUCCAGUCGAAGGUUCUGUGUCUGCCUGUUGUGUGGUGCUUGGUGAAAGGAGGUUUCUAAUCAAGUUUGCAGAUAUCCUAUGACUAGGACUAAAAGAUGUUUUUCAAACAUAGGAAAUACACAAGUUUUUUCCAAGUUAUGUUUUUUAAAUGUAAUAUUCAGCAACAUUAGGGUUAUUUUCAGGAGUAGGAAGAGGAGCUGUGUGUAGACAAUCUUGGUCUGACAGUACUGCUGUGUGUUUCUACUUUCUAAUUUUCAUAUUAUGAGGAAUAUAUUUUAUUAUAUGUCAAAGAAAAUGGCAUAUAUCAGUUAUUGCCACUGUUACAUGUGUAAUUACAUACAAUUACACUGUAUGAAGAAUAAAUUCAAGGUGAAAGCAUGAGUUUACCCCAUAUCUGAAAAUGGCAAUAACAGAUAUAUAGCUUAAUUACAAAUUAUUUUUAAUAUAUACUGUAUUUUGCUUUUUAUAUUUUAGUAUUUAUUUUUUCAAGUAGGAAUGGGCAUGUCCCUACGCAUGCGGACCUGCCCAUUCAGUUUCCUUGACAACCUGCAAGCCAACAGUUCGAUGGCAAAACAGAAUAAUAUACAUUGAAGAACAGCACAGUGAAAAGCCAUUCAGAACAAAUUGCCAAAUUGCUUUUAUCAUGGAAAUAUUGGGAUUUUCCAUUCGGUCUGAUUUUAGACACUUAAAACAUAUUUUAACUCAGGUUGGAAUGCUGGCGGUAUUCCAAAUCUAUUUGUUUAACGAAAUAAAAGCGAGAGAAAGUUUGCGCGUGGCGCGGCGUUAAUGACGUGCGAUGCGACGGUAUUUACUGAAACCUAAAGUUUUAAAACAGCUUAGCUCGUGUGGAUGAGCGCGUGACUGCCACACAUGAGUGAGAUAGAAGCACAAUGUCCGCGCCAGGCAGGGUGCGUAAGCCCCUCAGACCCAGCUCUGAGCCUGUCUGGGGUUUGUACAGUGAAAUAACAAUGUAAAACAUCACAGAUCUACAGCUGCAUACUGCUUCUGUCCCUGAGCGCAUUCCUACCUUACCUAACUAGGCUGUGGGAGUAUAUGGAGAUUAUAUGUACAGUCACGUAUACAUAUAUGUAAAAUAUAUAUAUAUAUAUAUGUAUGGAUGUUAAUGUAAUUCCACUACUGUAAAUUAAGCUUAUUUGUGAUAUGCUCCAGAAAUGCCCAUUGUAAAGCACAGACCUUCGGAAUGUGGCUCACAGCUUACAGAACAUCUCUCUUAGGUAUAUAGAGACACAUUGAAAGUCAUUGAAAGUGUUAAGUCAACUCUAAUAGUGUUUAUAUCCUGCAGGUACAAUAUAUACUCCAUAAAGGUACACUAUUAGAGUUUAAUUUCCUUUUAACUUUUCACUGUGUGUCAGUGAAAACAGUGGACAGCUGUAAAGAAGCUAAUAUUCAACUUUGUGUUUGGGAAAUUGAAACAGAAUUAUUUAUGAGAUUAAUAUAUUUAAAUGUUUACUACAAAUAAAUGAAUGAUGAUAAUGAGAACAAUAAGUAAAUGGUUAUAAUGACAAGUGUACCUUUGGAAAGCUAAGCAUGUUUACAAUUUAUAGUUUCAAGUCCUGAUUUUCCCCAAAUGCCGAGCCUGGACUUGACUACUAUUUAGGUUCAGUAGAAAGUAGAGCACUUAGCAGUGCUAGUGUCAGAACCACUCACAAAAAUCUGCCAUGAACUUGGCUGAACUAAUUGUGUCUUGCCAUCUCCCGAAUAUUUACGGCGCCAAAGUAAGACAUAAAUACAUUCAGAAUGUGUGAGAAAUGCGUGAUUUUAGUAUAGUUUCUCAUACGUGCGAAAACCCAUACAAUGCGCUGUGACAAUGCUUGGACCAUCAUCAAGGCAACAUGAAAGAGCCUUAAGAGCCGGACCGCUACGCAUCUUUGUUGUAAGCAUGCUUACAUUACAUAAGGGGGCAUUUUAAUCACCAGUGCAAGUAAUGGUUUCUCAAUAAGAAGAACGUUUUUAGCAUAUUAUUUGUAAAUGUUAUAGUUGCCUCACACAUUUUUAUUUUAUUUUAUUUAAAGCAGUUCUUUCAACAGGACAGUCGUGUCCAAACUUCUAGAACUGCAACGAGAAUAAUCGAGAAGGACAUUUCGUCUUUGCUGUCUGUAUUUUAAUGUUGUAUCAUUGGUUGCUAUCUUUAUAACGUACAGUUGCACAGACGCAACUCUAAAAAAAAAAAAAAAAAAAAAAAAAAGGAUAAACUCCCCUGCGCUGCAGCGGGUGAAUCUGUCCUUAAACGUUUUUCUCGGAGGCAUUAUGAACCUGAGCUACACCAGCUGAAAACAAGGACCGUGCCUUUUAUACUUUUUAUACUCUUUCGUUCUGACCACGAGUCGAUAAAAACAACUGUUGACCCUUUUGUCUCGCAGUGUCAGUGAGGGGGGGGGGGGGGAUGUUACAGCACUGCACAACUUCCUAACAAUCACCGAAGCGGUAAGCUGUGCGACGCACUGGGAGCUGACCAGUCUUACCCAGUCAAUCACCAAAACACAGAAUAGACCAAACAAAAGAUGUAAAACUCUGCCACUGCCCAGGAGUUGGCCUGGCAAACAAAUCUCUGAACAUGGAAUAGACCAAACAAGAGAAAAAAAUCUUUACCGUUGCCAAGGAGUUUGCGAGGCUAAACAAUCUAUUAAUGUAGGGGACAAUAUAGUUCAACAGCAUGGAUCAGAUUCGAAUAAUAAAUAUUGCCAUUGCCUGGGCGAUGGCCAGGCAAACAAAUCAAUCCCUGAACACACACAUACACACACAUACAAAACUGAGCAACCAAGAGCCAGAUUACAAACUGCCCCAUGCUACUCUUAAUUAUUAUAUUUGAUAAUUAUAUCAUGGUGCAGGUUAGUUUGCUGUCCUGUUUAGCUGUCUCAUAGACAACUGCUCUCUCACAAUCAUUCUCUCUUUUCUCAUAUAUCAUUUGAAUUGUUUCUUGGGUAGAGAGGUCAUGGUGCCAGUGAGAUUUGCCAGUCAUACAGUAUUAUAUGCCACAAUACAUUUUUGUAUAAAUGUCUAUGACCUCUGUAUCAGUAUUACACAAAAUGGUGUUCACUACAUUCCAUGUUGUAUAUUGAAGCAUACAAUGGACGUUUGAGGUCUGUAAACAUGGAGGUUAGUACUAAAGCCUACAAACAUGGAGGUCGAUAGUAAAGCCUACACAUAUGAAGGUCUAUUGCAAAGUCCUAGAAACAUGUAGGUCACCACACAGUGUCCCCAUCCUUUGCUUGGCUUCAUGUGGUUUAAUCAUACAUUUGCUUCGUUUUGCAGCAGACUUUUAAAGUAGGAAUAUGGCUAAUUGUUAUAUGUACAUGUUUUUCUGUAAUCAAUCCAUUUUGACACAAUGCUAGAUUCUGACUACUUCCGAAAUGAAAUGCCUUAUUUGGUUCUUUUUUUCUUUACUUUUUCAUUUAUGUACUGCAUACAACUCUAUUACUCAUUAUACUGGCUCACAAGCAGUAUAGUUUGUGAAAAUACUGCCCUGAGAAGAACAGUAGUCAAACCCACAUUAACACUUGAGACAGCCAAAAAUGAAACAGGCUUUAGUGCUAUCUUAGCCUAAAUUUCACUUCGUUUUCUAUUGGAAGUGCAAUUAUUUAUUUCAAAUCAUGAAUAAUUCCAUGCUGCGUAUUCCUGUUAAAGUUUACAAACUCAAAAGCACGCACAGACAGAUUAAUGUGCAAAUGCUUUCAUCAAAAGAGGUCUUUUCAUAUCAUCUUAAUAAAUAAGUAGGGUUACUGGGGUUUUAGUAGUUUGUUCUCCAUAAUCACUAUUUCCUUUUCUUGCUCUCUUUCCAUCACAUAGGGGCGCACCUUCAUGAGAGCGCACACACUCACCUGUUUAUUUACAAUAUUGGGUAAAACCAGAGGUGGAAAGUCCAUGGGUCGGAAAAUAAAAAUCCUGCCCUGUGUUUUUCCACCGAUGAUCUCCAUUUAGCUGGUAAUUCCAGGUGAUUGGAACAAAAUGCUGGGGAGGACAUUUACUUUCUGAACCUGGAUUUACCACCUCUGGGUCAAAACAAUACAAGCCCUUUAAUAAUGAGGGGGUUCAUAUAUAGAUACACUUCUAUAUACAGCAGCAGAUUCAGACCUGCAAUUAUCUGGUUUUUUUAACCAAAUUGUCUCACCUUUUCAAUGGGACAGAAUCACCACAGUUAGGACUUGGUGAUUCCAAUAGUGAUGGUAUCAGCAUUUCUCACCACUACAUUUUCUUUAUUGAGAGAGGGGCAGGGAAUUUACAUGACCAAUGCUUUCCAAAAAAUCUUGGUCAAUCACCUAACAGUGGCCUUGCAGUUCAUCCUGGCAUUACUUGUCCAUGGCCUCUUCUUGUUAUCGGAGGUUUUGAAAGUAUUUUUUCUGAAAAUACAGUAAAAUAUAUAAAUAUUUUGGAAAAAACAAUGCUGUGAAGAAUGAGAGAGGAUAAGUAAAUUAAUUCACUAAAUAUGAAAGAAAAACAAAUCAAGACAUGCAUAAAUAAUAAUACAUAUCUAUAGCAUCCACCAAAGUCUGAGAUGCCAGUUAAAUUGUAAAAAAAAAAUAAUAAUAAUAAUAAUAAAAAUUAAAAAAAUAAUAAUAAAAAAAUUUAAAAAGGUACGACACAAAUGAGAUGAAAAGUGUGUAAAAUGCCUUCAAAAGGACGAAGACAAUAAUGUACUUCACAAACUAAGUGGUUCUUUAAAAAUGUGUAUGUUUUUUAUUCAAUUUUAUAGUAGUUAAAGACAAACAGAUGUUGGUGUUCUUUCUCAGUGUUGUGUGUUGUCUUAAUAUUGACUUGGAAUAACAGCAGUGCCAAUUUGCCAAAGAUAUCAUGUCGCUUCCUUUCCCUCCUUUCUAAUUUUAAAUUGUCCACGCUGGAAAUAGUGACUUUAAUAUCAUGAUUAUUUUUAUAUUGGUAUUGUUAUUAUUAUAAUUAUUAUUGUUCUUGCUAUUUUUAUUGGUUCCUAUUUGUUCAUUCCAGGGGUUUCUAAGUGAAAUGGUGAAUUGCAGUUUGCUGGGUGCCACUGCAGCACAUGUAGCUCCUGCAAUGAUACGGGAUUGUAGGCUAAUCAGUAUAUGUGCGUCCGGUCACCUGACUGAGUGUCGUUUGUGAAUUCUUGAUUUAAUGUACCUGUACUGUGAAACAAAAAAUAACUAUUUGUAAAUAUUUGCCAUAAUUUUAUUGGUUCCUAAAAAAUAAAGGUCAUUUUUUUUAAGUUCAAAGA